AUGUCAGUCAUUCGGGUUAAUGAAUUCCAAGGACAAAUCAGUUUUAUUGUUGAUACUAAUGAUGACGCAAUAGACGUAAAAACAGUUGAAAAUGUAGAAAGUAAACCAAAUGAAAAUAUUCGAUAUUCAAUAUAUAAAAAUCUGCUCGUCAUAUCAAUAUCAUUUCUUCUACAAUACAUUUCUUAUGAUUCAAUCAAAAAUCUUCAAAGUUCAAUCAAUAGUGAUGCAAACGUUGGUGUUCAUUCUCUAUCAAUUAUUCAUGGAUGUUUUCUAUUCUCAUCAUUGUUUUUAUCACAUCCAAUUAUAUCGAUCUUCGGUUUGAAAUGGACACUUUUCAUAGGUCAAAUACCAUUUCUUUUGAUUAUAUCCGCAAAUUAUCAUCCGGAAGAGUAUUUAAUGUAUCCAGCUGCUGUUUUUGUUGGUUUAUCAUCACCAUUGUUGUGGACAUCAGCAUAUAGCUACAUAACAGAUUUAGCAACUAAAUAUGCGGAGAAGACGAAUGCUAAGAAAGAAGUGAUCAUUGGUCGAUUCAUCGGCAUUUUCUAUAUGUUUGAUCAAUCAGCACAAAUUUGGGGAAAUCUUUUGUCAUUUUUAAUACUCUCACCUGAAGAUGAUUCUAAUACGAAUGAAACAAUAUGGGAAAGUAAUUUCUCCAUUUACGGAAAAUGUGGUGCUGAUUUCAGCGAAAGAGAAUACAAUGAUACAUUAAGUAUUCAUUCAAUCGAGCGAAAAACCGUAAAUAUAUACCUUCAAUACACUUUGUAUUAUNAACCGAUUCGUGAAUUAGCGAAGGAAAGUAUUAAUUCUGAUGGAACUAUUCAUGUAUUACGAACUUUACAAGUUGAAAAGCAUCCUCGCAUCUUCGCGGUUGGUGAUGUGAAUGAUUUAUUGCAUAUUAAAUCAGUUAGGCCUGCAAUUGGUCAAGUGGAAGUUGCUCAGAAAAAUAUCAUUUCUCUUCUGCGAGGUGAAACUCCAGAAGCAACAUUUGAAAACAACGCAGCAGGAAUUCAUCUUACUCUUGGACUUAAACGCGACGUUUAUUGCAAACAGACUCAAGACGGGUCAUCUCCAGCGGAUAUCGAAGUCGAAGAUGACGAAGGACUCGAAGAUAUGGGUGUUGAAUUUAUGUGGAACGAUCUCGGCGCGGAUAAGAACGAUUUCUGGGCUUAA